AUGGCCCCAAACCUCCGAAAAUCCCACCCCCUACUAAAAACAAUCAACAACUCCCUCAUCGAUCUACCUACUCCUCCAAACAUCUCUGCCUGAUGAAACUUUGGGUCCCUCCUAGGCAUCUGCUUAACAACACAAAUCCUGACCGGCCUACUCCUAGCCACACACUACACUGCAGACACAACAUUAGCCUUCUCAUCCGUCGCCCAUACAUGCCGAAACGUACAGUACGGUUGACUUAUUCGCAACCUACAUGCAAACGGUGCCUCAUUCUUCUUCAUCUGCAUCUACCUCCACAUUGGCCGUGGCCUCUACUACGGAUCCUACCUGUACAAAGAAACCUGAAACACCGGAGUCAUCCUCCUACUCACCCUAAUAGCAACUGCCUUCGUAGGAUAUGUCCUGCCAUGAGGACAAAUAUCCUUCUGAGGGGCCACCGUCAUCACCAACCUAUUCUCAGCCAUCCCCUACAUCGGACAGACCCUAGUAGAAUGAGCCUGAGGCGGGUUCUCAGUAGACAACCCCACACUCACACGAUUCUUUGCCCUCCACUUCCUCCUCCCAUUCAUAAUCGCAGGCCUCACCAUAAUCCACCUCACCUUCCUGCACGAAUCAGGAUCAAACAACCCCCUAGGAAUCGUAUCAAACUGCGACAAAAUCCCAUUCCACCCUUACUUCUCCACAAAAGACAUCCUAGGCUUCAUGCUUAUACUCCUACCACUCACAACCCUAGCCCUAUUCUCCCCCAACCUCCUAGGAGACCCAGAAAAUUUCACCCCAGCAAACCCCCUAGUAACCCCUCCCCAUAUCAAACCAGAAUGAUACUUCCUAUUUGCCUACGCCAUCCUCCGAUCUAUCCCCAACAAACUAGGAGGAGUACUAGCCCUGGCAGCAUCCGUACUAAUCCUAUUCCUAAUCCCUCUCCUCCACAAAUCAAAACAACGUACUCUAGCCUUCCGGCCCCUCUCCCAACUCCUAUUCUGAACUCUCGUCGCCAACCUCCUCAUCCUAACUUGAGUAGGCAGCCAACCAGUAGAACACCCCUUCAUCAUCAUCGGCCAAUUAGCCUCCAUCACCUACUUCACAAUCCUCCUCAUCCUAUUCCCCGCCACUGGGGCUCUAGAGAACAAAAUACUAAACUUCUAA